AUGCAUUAUUUGUAUUCAUUCCCUGUCCUCUUCUCUUUUGCUUCAGUUGUGUCUUCCUCGAACACAACUGUAGUGAAUCUGUCAUGGCAUGCACCGCCAUCUACCAACGUCAGCGACCUUCAGUCUGUCAUCAAUGGCACUGGCACAUGGGACUUCAUAUUCAACUCUUCGAACACUCCGGCAGGUCUGCCAUACUCGACUUAUAACUGGUGCAAUAUGCCUCAUGUCCGCCGCACUGAGUAUCCCAAGGUCAAUUCGAGUUACAAGCUCGAAUACGUUCACGUCAUUCACCGCCACCAUAAGCGUACUCCUUAUGCAGCAAAUACUUUUCCUCGGGAGUCGUAUGCAUGGGAGUGUUCAGAUGAGGGCCUCUACUACAACGCCAAUACUUUCACGGGUGCUAAUGCGAACUCCUCGGCAUUGACAUACUGGAGUGUCUUUACCUCCCCCUCCAACCCCUUGGCUCCUCAAGGCUUCAAUGGUACAUGCCAAUUUCCUCAAUUGACAGCGGGAGGUCUAGACGACAGCCACCAACAUGGCAAAGAUAUCUACGGAAUGCAAUUCCGUGUGACCAACAACGUCAUCACUUCUCAAGUCGCGAGCAACUUGAUCCCUGGAAUGUUUCCCUCGCUCAGUGAGAAGAAUAUUCCCUUAUUGAUUCAGCCUGAUUCGAUCGAUAGUCUGGAGCCCGCCUAUACAUGCUCUUCUGCGUCCACCCUCUACUUAUCUUAUGGCGUGGGCAGCACCAAUUCAAACUGGACCGCUCAUCUCACUGCUUCAUCUGGUCUUGCUCGUGCUUUAGAUGCUAUUUCUGGCAUCUCAUCCACUUCGACAGCCUGGCACCAAUCCUGGGAUCACUACUUUGACAAUCUUUCUGCUCGUCUCUGUCACUCGAAGCCCUUACCCUGCAACAGCACCACCGGUUCCUGCGUCACUCAGUCUCAGGCAAAUGAGGUGUUCCGUUUGGGCGAGUACGAGUACAACUUCCUGUACCGUUCAGCUGGACCUCAGACUCUUGAGUACGCUCGUCGCAGCUAUGGAAUCUGGGUCGCAGAGCUGGCAGACCACUUUCGUGCCGUUCAGAAUGGCACCGACUCUAUCAUCUACAGACAUGACGUUGCCCAUGAUGGCAGCAUUGCUCGCUUGCUGGCCUUGCUCCAAAUUCAGGAGAUGGUAUGGCCGGGCAUGGGCUCCGAAGUCGUCUUUGAGGUCUACUCCAAGCACCAUGAGUGGUUUGUUCGCAUUCUGUGGGGAGGACAGGUUAUGAGAACCUCGAGCCCCGCAUUGGCUAAUGAGGUCGAUAUGGUGCCUCUACAAAAUCUCUUGGCUUACUUUGAUGGCUUGGUCGGUCGUGGUGCUUCUUUGGUGCCUGGCCUCUGCAACCAGGGCUAG